AUGUCUCGAAAUCAAUCCGUCAAAACAGAAUUUAUUUAAUUGUUUAGUAUCUUGGGUUUUUGAUCAUAAGGAUGAACCUUCGAGAAAUGAUUCACCUAAAUUUAAAUCAUUUGAGAUGUACAGGCUUAUUAUUAAAAAGGACGAAAAGUGCGAAGAUUCACAACCUAAUGUUGAAGAAGAAGUGAACAAACGGUUUUUAACAGGCGUACAGUUGUUACAACAGUAUGAAUGCAAUGUUUUUGAUUCGAUCGUACCCAAACUUUUACAAAAUUGGCCAGAUAUUUUUGUUGGAAAAUUUGAAUUUAUAACUUCAAUUAUUCAUGGAAUAAAUCCGAUGCUUAUCUAUAAAUUUGAGACGGAUUUACGGCUGGGUCAUUAUAAAGUGUUUGGAAAUAUAGAUUUGGAUUAUGUUUUAGAACAUUCACUGAAUUGUUGGGGUUCAUUUGAACAAUUUUAUCUUUUUCAAUUGAUAAAAGCCGAAAUUGGCAAUAACAUUGAAAAGAUUGAAGAAUUUAUAAGUUCAAGUUUACAAUUGAAAGUUUUAGAACCGAUAGAACAUCCUGAAGCUUUAUGUGGACUUUUAUCUCUCCUUGAACUUAUUCCUCCAACGGAGAAUAAUAUUUCGUUAUUAACAAAACUAAUUACUAAUGCAAAAUCACAAGAGAGCAAGUUUGAAAAUAUAAAAUUCGUCAUAUCAAUAUUUACUCGAUGGAAUGAUGUCUUUCCAGAUAGAUUAAUUAAAGUUAUGACAAGUGAAGUUGAUAAUAAAAUACGUAAAUUGAAUGAAACCGAACCUGAAACUGAAGAUGAUGAAAAUGAAGCAAGUGCUUUUUUUGAUGUAAUAGUAGAAUUAUGGAAAAAUGAAAAGCUUAAACAAGCUUUUAUGUCAUUACGACCUAACUUUAUGCUUUUGGGCGAGUCUGUUGAAAAAGAAACUACAUUUUUACAACGUCCACCUGAAGCAGCUGAUGAUGAUGGAGAACAAAUGGAAGCUGAAGAUGGUGAUGGUAUUUUUUUUAGUAAUUUAAAAAUAUAUUUUUUUACAGAAAAUUUAAGUUCAUCUAAUUUAAUUUCUUUUAUAAAUUUAUUUUAAGAUACGCCACAUGAUCAACCGACCACCACAAUUUCUACUCGAUCCAGAGGUAAAGCAAAACAAAUUGAGAUAGAGGAUCGAUCAAAACGUUCUACAGGUUCACAAAAUAACCGUAACGCACAAAAUCGACA